UUGUGUGGCGUCUUGCUGCCGCGCAAGGUAGUCGGUCGACUUGCCUGUCAAUCUCUGACCAGAAUCUAUUUAGGGUACCUAGGUUGAUUAAAGGAUCAGUGAAGGUCCCUUGUGAGAUUAAAACGAAACGGGAUCUACUGAAGUCUGGAGGUGAAUGUUACAGAGCUAGCUAGCUAGCUAAGGUUAGCUCGAGUUACCGGAGUUUAUGCCAUUUUCAGGUGCACAUGCACAUUAUCUUUUAGCUAGCUAACCCUUGCUAGCCAGCUGCAUUAACUAGAUACUACAAGCCACUUCGUCGUUCCAGCAGUCUUUUUCCACGCACGAAAACUGAAGAUUUCCGACAUAAUGUCUUCAACCGAAGACAGGGCCAAGGAGAUUCUGAAGGGGUUUAAACUAAACUGGAUGAACCUGCGCGAUGCUGAGACUGGCAAGGUGCUGUGGCAGGGAACAGACGACCUGUCACUACCUGGUGUGGAACAUGAAGCUCGAGUCCCCAAGAAGAUCCUCAAAUGUAAAGCCGUGUCCCGAGAGCUCAACUUUUCCUCCUCGGAAAAACUUGAAAAAUUCCGCCUUGAACAGAAGGUGUUCUUCAAAGGCCAGUGUUUAGAAGAAUGGUUCUUUGAGUUUGGCUUUGUGAUUCCUAACUCCACCAACACAUGGCAGUCGUUGAUAGAGGCAGCUCCAGAGUCACAGAUGAUGCCGGCCAAUGUUUUAACUGGAAAUGUUGUCAUAGAAACGAAGUUUUACGAUGACGACCUUCACGUCAGCACUUCUAGAGUACGACUUUUUUACGUCUGAGGAACAGCACCUUUACUUUUUUUUGUAAAGAGGAGAAUCCUUCAAGUGGGCAACAUCGUGAAAAGGCACACAGCUGAUUUAUGGAGGGGGUGAAAGCAGGCCAGUGUACUGGGGAGUUUCUGUGCUAUACUUAUGGCAGGACCAAGACACCAAUACAAGAUACCAAAAUCCAACAGUCAUAACAUCACUCUUGGCUUCUUGAGAAAUGACACUUUUUGUAUGUAAAUAUACGUAUAUAUAUAAUAUAUGGGCAAUGAGUGAUGAUGCUCAUGGCAACCAACCAUGUAAAUUAUUUUAUUUGUACAUUUUUUUUCCUCGUCAUUACGAAAUAUCACCAUGGCGAUGCACUAUCGUCUCCAUUGUCACCUUGUAUUUUUAACACGUUUGCUUCCAGUUGAUGUUGUUGUGGUUGGUGUUCUCAUUGUUUGUUUGUUUUUUGUUGUUGCUGUAACUUAAAACUGUAAAAUAGACUGUGUUUAAUACUACAUGAAUUAUGGAUUAAACUAUGUCCACAAAUGUUUAAUAA